AUGGCGACAAACGCGCAGUCUUCGGAGUAUGUCACCGUUGCAACUUUCGUCGUAAAAGAUGAAGGGUUGGAGUCAUUGCCAGAGGGAAGAGAAUCAUCGGAGAGCAUCGAAAAUGUUGUUACUAAUGACCAUGAUCCAGGCACUGUUCAGGUCAGCUAUUUUGAUGCAGAAGAAGCCGCUGAAGUUAUUACAUCUGGGGAAUAUGAUGAGGCCAAUCAUGAGGCUGAAAUACAAGAGGAAGAUGGGUCGCAUAAGCCUUGGAGGAAAGGUGGAAACACAACCCUGUGGAGUUUACCUGCAGUGAGGGCCCUCCUUGAUAUCUAUGAAGAACACGAGCAAGAGUAUGUGAACAAGACAGUCAGACGGAGAGUGUUUUGGGAAAUUGUUGCCGAGAAGAUGAAAGAGAGAGGCUUUGAAUAUGACUGGUGCAGCUGCAGAGUUCGCUUCAAAGGAAUGUGUCGAAAAGUGCUCUCUUUGGCCAUGCACGGAAGGUCCAAGCUGACUCGAAGACUAUGGUGGGAGGAACGAGUGGAAAGAAUAAUGGAAAAUCUAGACCAAGAGUUCGUCAGGAUGAGGCAGGCCCGCAGAAGGACAGUCAGUGACGCAUCGGCUGCGAGCACUAGCUUUGGGGGUGCAGUGGCAUUUCAGCUCCCUGCCCAAGCCAGUCAGGUUAACAUAAAUGAAGCUGGCGGACGCGUAACUCACCGCGAGCAGGAGCUGGAGGAGUCGACCCGCCUGGUGAUCGAGGAGUGUAGCAGGAUGUCGGUGUCGGAUCAGUUCGAUACCCAGAAGUCGGUCGAGUCGCAGAAGUCGGUUGAUUCGCUCGACGCCGGCCCCGGGUCGGUGUUCGGGCCGCUGGCGGAACCGACAGCGAAUCCGAACGGGGCCAUAUAUGCUGCUAAGAAACAAGCGUUGGUUCAAGAGGCUAUCGACAUUCCAUUUAGGGACCCCGUGUAA